CAUACAUUCGAGAUGCCAUUGCCAUGGCUCUGCCUGUGUGAUACAAGCAAAACCGCUGUCUGCAUUCUUCGUCAUCGUCACGAGUAUUGUAUGUCUGCCAGAUUGCAUGUGCAAGGCUGGCCCGAUGGCGCUUUACCGCUUCGGGCCUCCCCCGGACUCGCCGACAAUCGACGCGCGACAUUCAUCACUCACAUCACCGAAAAGGGACAUCGGCACUCACAUCAUCGCCCUGCCCACGAGCCCGCCGACACAACGACAGCAUUACGCAUCGCCAUCUCACAACGCGCAUCUGAUAAUCACCAUUUCUGGCCUCUAACCCGUAUUCACACGUAACUCACACGCGUCGCCGCACGCGAGGCACCGCAGCCAUGCCGUCUCGAAAACGCGCCGCCGACGAAAUGGAGGCCGAGGCGCCUGUUGAAGAGCCCAGCACACUGCAGAAACUGCGCAAUAUGUGGCAGUUUGCAAAUCUGGCCCAGUACAUCAGUCUCUUCGGUGACGCAGUCAAAAUCGACAGGGACUUUGACAUCGAGGAAUUGGAAUCCGAAUGCCUCCAACCACAGCCAUCCGACAAACUUGCACAAAUUGGCCUAGCGCUGCUGAAGCACGUAUCGUCACACAAGGGCUUGACACCCGAAAUCUUCGAUGAGUACACCCGCCGGCAGUAUGUUGCGAAAGCGCCCGCUCGAAACCCCUUUGGCGAGGAAGAGGAGCCCAACAAGUUCCACGACUUCGACGUCUUCACCAAAAUACGCGUCUUGCAACAACUUUCCGUAUGGACGCUCAACAAUCCGAACACAAUAAGAGAGAAGAUUGGAGCGACGGACAACGAGCAGACACUAUGGCGUAUGGAGCCCACAGGCUGGGACUCGCAAGAACGAUCGCUCUUUGUUCUCGACGACAAUCGCAUGUACCGUAUGACCGAUCCACCGCCACCUCCCGAACCUACGAAAGCCAAGUCCAAAACCAAAGCAAAGCCCAAGAAAUCAAGAGGUUCAAGGGCCAGCAAGCGACAAAAGGCUUCCACUCCCGAACCCGAAGAAGCCGAAGAGGAGGAGCAGGCGAACGACGAGCAACAGCCUCAGGAGAUUGACGACGGUCUCGGCGGCAAGAAGUGGGAGUGCAUUUGCGUCACCUUGGAAGACUACCAGGAGUAUAUGAGCAGCAUCCGGAAGAGUCGCGAUCCGAACGAGAAGGUUCUAUACAAGCGACUUCAGGAAGAUGUCAUGCCCGUCAUGGAGGGGUUGGCAGAGGAGCAAGCAAAGAAGCAGGCCCGCAAGAUGAAGGAGUUGGAGAACAUGCAGAAGCUUGCUACAGCGAAGCGCUCGUCCCGAAUUUCGUCACGACUUGAGAAACAAAAGGAGGUUGAGGAAGCCGAGGCUGCGGAACGUAAGAGGCAGGAAGAACUUGCAAUGGCCAAGGCGGAGCAAGAGAAGCAAAAGAAGAUGGAGGAAGCACAAGAUUCUCGCAGGAUGACUCGUGAGCAACGGCUGAAGGAGCGUGAGACGGCAAAGAUUCUGAAAGAAGAGGAGCUGCGUAAACUGCACGAGAAUGAACAGAAGCUGGCCUCAAACAACGCCAGGCUAUCAGAGCGACACCUGAAGGCCAUGAUGAAGAAGCACGAAAGUGAUCUCAAGAGGCUCAAUGAGGAGGAAGAUUGGUUCUUUGACUGCGAGAAGUGCGGCACUUACGGCUCCAACCUGAACGACAACACCCCGCAAAUAUCUUGUGAGAAGUGCAAUGUCUGGCAACACAUGAAGUGCCAUGACAUCACAGAAGAACAGGCCGAUGAUUCGAAGUUUACGUUCGUCUGCACUGCCUGCAAGCGUAAAGAGGGAGAGGCAGACGAGCCGAAGCUCCCUUCUCUCAAGCUACGAUUGACAUCACAGUCACCACGAAACCAAACAGAAGCAAAUGGCAACGGCCUCUCUAUGUCGACGAAUCUGUUUGACGCAGUACAACUACCACGACCACAAGCCUUCCAGCCCUCGAUGCAUCCCGCACAGCCAUGGGUCGACGGCCCAAAUCUAUCUCCCCGUGGUCAAGCUCUAGGUCCACCUGGCAUACAAAGAUCGGAAGCUGCCUACGGAUCACCCACCAAAGGCGCGAACGGUAGCAUGUCAUCGCCCAUACGAUCUCACUUCUCAUCUCCUGGGCACAGAACUGGCAACGGUCCAACAUCGUCACCUCCACCGUACAACCUCGAACGGAUACCGAGCAGCCCAACAAAAAGCUUCCACAUACCACAACCACAGCAGAACGGUAGCUCUUUCGGCGGUCCCAAUCCCUUCAACUCCAACCCAUUCGGCCCACCGCAACCCGCAGCACCGCAUGUACGGAGCUUUAGUCGCCCAGCAUCAGCAGCAGGCCCGGGCGGGUCACCAGUAAAGCACUCACCAGCGGCGUCCCCCCGCCCAACCAACGGACUACCACCAAGUUUCAACUUCAACAGUCCUCACUCCUCCUUCCCACCCAGCUCCGCCAACCGCCCCUCCUUCUCCCCAACCAAACAUAGCUCGCCAGCGCCCCUCCCAGCAAACAUGUCAUCGCCGGCCCCUGCACCAAUGCGCAUAGCUCCAUCACCGUCGUCCCAAAUGCCCGCGCAGAUGCUCCCAGACCCCAUUCCCGCGCCCUCAAAACACGACGCUAUGCGCCCUGUAUCGAGCCACCAAAUGUCCGAGACGCCUGUCUUCCCGCCGGUCAAGAGCCUAGAACCUCUCUCCAGCCCAACAAUUCUUGAUCCACCGGUUAAGAAGUCGAGUCCGGCGCCGAAUAGGAUUCUUGACGUAACAAAUGGUUCGAACGGAUAUGACCAUAAAAGCAGUCAGUGAGCCUCUGAUGCACCCGAUGCAAUUUCAGGGUCGAGGUGUGCGCUUUCUCCUAUGGGCAUUAUGGUAGACCCCUUGUUCUAGCAAGGCGCAGUCAUCUCCCCUGCCCCAGUUCUCUUUAUGCUACUAUCCUCUUUUCUUUUUCAGCAACCGUUGCGGCGUUUUUGGUAAUACGGACAACACGUCAACUAGACAUUUCAUAACAAGUCUGGCUCAGGUCCAUCUCUUGCAUGAUUAGGAUAUAUGGAGUGGGUGGGGGGUGCAUGUUCACGGACGAUGUUUUCUCUGGCAAGAAAGCAUUGGUGUGGGUCAUGAAAAGACGGUUGCAUGCAUGGAGUAUUUUCAUUUGGUUUUGAGCGUGGUUUCUUGCGGCUUAUAGCUUGGUUUGGCUCGGGUUUGAGAAGGCCUCUUUUGUAUUAUUAGAUAUGCCAUUGCGAGUGGAAAAUUGAGUAUAUUGGAACGUGA